AUGCAGGGAAUGAGCGAAGAGGCGAUUCGUGAAGCCGUGCUCUUGGAGACACUUUCACGGCUUCUUCGCGAAAAGAUUGGUGCCGAUGGCGCUUCCCCUGUACCUCCGUGGCGAAGACCUCAAGCAGAAGCCGGAGCCCUUUCCGUCACUUCUGCCAACGGCCCAGCAGUACCACCAGAAGAGCCUGCAGCUACACCGGUGACUGCAGCAGACGUGAUAGGUGCUACAUCAGAGAUCAAAAGAGAGGCUCCCUUGGAGAAGUUCAUCAGAGUAUUUCGGCUCGAUGAACUGGCGGCGAAGUGCCUGUUGAAGCUCCAAGACGACGAAGCUGCCUUCGUGAUCGAGUCCAUCCAGCAUCGUCUGAAGUAUGCGAAAAACCCCUCGGCAGUGGUGAUGAUCGCCAUCAGAGGCGUUGCGGCCAAAGUCGGCCGAAGAUACUACGGCAGCCGUGAGACGGCAGAGGGUGGAGAAUCUCAUGAAGGUGCUGGCGAGCUCAAGAUGAUCGGUGGCUCGCCGGAAGAUGAGACUGAGACCGCGGCUCAAACAGAUCCUUAUCUUGCCGGAGUCAAUGACGACGAAGAGGAGGACGAGGAAGAAGAGGAGCAGGUCGUAGAUGAGGAGGUGGAGCCUGCGUCACGCCAAGGUGCCUCGGAGCCUCCGCUCAAGAAGCCAAGGGCGGAUGUCCCCGAGGAUCGCUUGACCGUUGAGGUUUGGCCGAAAGCAUCGCCGGAUGAGGAUCCGGAGCCUGACGACGCCGAGUUGUUCUUUGUGGACACGGGCAUACAGCAAUGA